AUGAAGUUCACUGUUUUCAUCUCUACUCUCUCUCUCCUUGCCACGACCACCGCAGGCGCUCUCCGCCCCAUCGGAGAUGUCGUUAAGCGCGACCCCUCCGGCAGCUUCAGUCUGUACGACUACGGUGUUGCCAGUGGUCCGCUGAAGCUCUUUUACGCUGAUGGACUCGCAUACUUCGGCUCCCCAUCCGCAUGGUCCGGCUCCGUCGUCACAGACGUCACCUUCACUGCCUCCAACAGCCAAGUCAUUGCGCACUCUGCAUCCUCCGUCACCAUCCCGUCAAACUCCCGGCUCUACGUCCGCCCAGACACCAACAGCGCCGCGCCAGUCGGGUUCACGGGUUCCAAUACCCCGGCCGACGCCGUCACUGAUAGCUUCACGUGGUACGGCGCGUGGCUGUUUUAUCAGAAUGGGAAUGCCCUGGAGAGUAAGUUCUACGUUAAGGAGACUAGCGUGAGUGGUGUUUGGCAGUUGUUUUGGCUUAGUGGGGGGUCCACCGAGGGGUAUAAGGCGGGGAAUGUGAGGAACUUUGCGUAG